AUGUCAGGUCUACUUGGGGAGGAACUUGUUCAAGCCGGACAUGUGCCUAUCCCUGAUGGACUCUCUGUUGACAACGUUGUUGGAAUUGUUACGGUCUAUGACCAUAGAGCUCACCAUGCAAAUCGCAGCACGGCGUACAGGAAAUCGCGUAUAAGGACUCAGCUAGCCGAUGGCGAGUGGUCCUUAGAUGGCUGCCAUGUUUUCCUUGGUGCCAUUCAGGGACGACAUUGCUACACGAUGGGUCGUGCCGACAACAAGAGCGCAUCGCCAUCGACGCGCGAUGUGUAUUUCCCUGGUAGUAGGGUCGGGAUUCAUCAGUUCAACCUCACACCGGUAUGGAAGAGCGAUAGCUGGCGUUUGCAGUCCGCUACUGAGACCAUCGCGGAGGUAAAUGGUGCGCCUAUCCAACUCAGCACCCCCCGUACACGAAAACUGUCGAGCCAGUUACCACAGGCCGUCCAUCUGCGACAAAACCUAGUCAAUCACGUUUUGAUCAACGGUUUACGUGUCGAGAUCUUCAUGCUGAAGACUGUACGCGGCCUUUAUCCGAUCCAAGAUUAUCAACUUCUAGAGUUACGCCCUCAACUACAAGAAGUCGUCCAUCGCCCCGAGACCUGGGCACGGGAUCGAUAUCUGCAACGUCCUGACCGGAUUUCUACCAACACGUAUCGGGUUCUUGAGCGCUUCACCGGCAAUAUCGAAACAGCGAAAUUCUUCCACCAUAACGACAACGGCCAAGAUAUUCGCGACGCUGAGUUUCUAAAAUUGGCAAAGGACAGGGUGGAUGCAUCUCUUGUUCGCUACCUGCAGUCAGUUGAGAUCAAUCAUAUUCCGGCAGUGAUCACCGAAACACAUGAGGGAUUUGAGCCAUAUGCUGCCCUAGAGAAGGACAUCAAGGAACAACAUCCGCGCCUUCGCUUCACAAUCGCCUCGAAGCUCCUGCGACGGCUCAUGUCUGCUCUCACCUUCUUGCAUUUCCACAAGAUUGUGCAUGGGAAUGUUACCAAAGAGAGUGCUUUACUUCGUCUGGUGGACUUCAAGCCUGAAACUGUGCUCCUAGUCGACUACUCGAAGUCAACGUCAUUCCCCAGCGGCGCGCCUGAACCUCUGAAGAGGAUGACCGAAGACGGCCGCGCUGUGAUGGAGAUCGUCGAAAGCUGCUGUGAUAUUUGGCAAUUGCGCAAGGCAGCUACCAAGGAUGCCUACAGCGAAGAAUUUAUGAUGACCAAGACUGAGGCUGCGAGUAGAGAGUUCGAGCUCAUGGAGCGCGUAGUCGCAGACUUCUUUGGGCCUAGAGGCAAGUUGCGCGAGUCGAAGGAAGGCAAGAAGAUGCUCCGCUUGUUAAGCAUGAAACAACAUGGUUGGCAUAAGGCUCGGAAUGACCAAAUCCACAACGCGACUCGUCGCGAGGUCGGACCAUGCCGAUCAGAUAUGAUCAAGGAGAUGGAGCUUGACUGGGUGCUUAUGCAUCCGUCUUCAAAGAUAGGCGAAGAGCAGCAUAUGCUGUUAACUCUUGGACACCCAUACCUAGAUGGCUUGGCAUCGAUCGUCUAUCACAAUCGAUGGGAACUAACGCCCCGAGAGGUAUGCGCAAAGAUACGAGAGCUCGCUGGCGAUGUGGAAGAGCCUUGGCAGAGCUUUUCAGUCAAGCGAACAGUGUUGUUUACGCAAAACGGUACUGGCUUCGAAGAACGUGGCAUCUUAGAUUGGAUAGCAGGCUGUUGUGAGGCCUAUCCAAAGUGGCAUCAUGCUUUUGUUCAGGAGUAUGAGCGCCAGAUCUCGCCCCAGCAUGGGAUAAUCAAGUUCGCUGAGAUCAAUAGGCUCUGGGAUGCUCUUGUAAAACAUGGAACUAUGCCUGAUUUCAUGCAAGCCACAUUUGCGGGAUUGACAACCGGAAACAUCACGAACCAGCCGACGACACACUUUGAGGAGACCUAUCAGGUGUGGUAUCACAAGCCUUCGCGAAUGUUCAACCUCACACAUUUACAUCGACUGGCAGCUCCGGAUCUACUUCUCGCCUGCAUCAAUGAGGGGACCAUAGGAUGUAACAACUUUGUCGAAGUACGCGGAGAGUCAGAAAUAGAGGGUCUAUAUGCUACUCUCUCCUUGUUAGCCGCCUUCAGUUCCUCACUUCAAUUGACAGCGGAUAUUCCAGAUCGUGCGCCGCAGUUCCCACUGUAUGAUCCAGCAGACUUCAGUCAGGUUUUGUACCAUGUCGUUCUUGCUCACACCGGUCUUCUUCCUUGGGCAUCAGUCACACGCCAGGGUGGCCAGUACAACUUCCAUGCACCGCUAGCUCCCAAAGCACCAGAGACUGCUGGGAAGUUCCUGCCGACUUACUUUGGCAGUAUGAAGGUGCUGCCCAAAACUCUGAAUGGUAGAGAAGAAUACUGGCGCCCCGAUCACUGGUCAAAGUUCACGACCGCGACAGAGCUCGACGAGGCGGCGGAUUUGGUCAAGCGAACGAUCCUGUCGGCAAAGGGCCCGUUGAAGAAGACAGUAUCGCGACCAGGGAGAUCGGAUCAAACUUGUUCGCCACAUGUUGAUCACUCCAUUCUAGUACAGAUGCUGAAAGAUCGCAAGCAAGCUCUUGCUGAGGCCCAAUCACCAGCGAAACGUAAUGAUGGCGACCAAUCGUCAGUUGCGGUCAUGCCGGCUGCGAAGCGUCUGCAUAUCCUUUCUUCCGUCGAGAACGUGACUCCAGAUAGCGUACCAUCAGCCCGAGCGCCACAGUUGUCGGCCUCCUUCGUAGACCGUCAACUAGACCACAUGAUGGCCAACAUGGAACGCCGGUCGCAGUCCCCAUCGCCUGGACCAUUCCCUGACAUCCCAAGGGCACCGCAUGAGUCUUUUUUCCAGCGAGAUAAUGGAGUAAACACCAAUAUCCUGGUUAGCCCGCCCACGGCCGAGGCAGCUACAAAGGACUCUUUCACAAUCGCAUCUGAUGGCGAUUUCAACCUGGAAGACGACUAUAAGCAAGCAAAAGCUUGGCUCAACGCGAUGGGAGAUGAGGAGGAACCACAAGUUGCUGGCAUCUUUGGCGUCAAUUUUCAUCAUAGUCUUCGACAGCGGGGGGAUGGAUCGGAUACCGACGCAGAUGAGUCGGAGGAAGACCGGAAUGACGAGACGCCAGUUGUUCAUGAAAAGCAGGCGACAUCGAAGUCGUUCCCUAGCCGAUCAAGCCUCCAGCUGGCGACACCUAUGAUGAGCAGUCCUCGCUUCGCACCACCUUUCUCGGCACACUCUUUCGGUUCCUUUGGUGAUGUUGGGGGUCAUCGCCGGAGCGGUAUCUCUCUAUCAGAUCUUGCUAGGGUUAGUAUUCGUAAUGCGCCCACGGUUUCGAGCCCUCCCCCACUGGCAACAGCGGCAACUCCACCUCGCACGGUUACCUCACAAGCUGCGCCUUGCUUCUCUAGCCCUGCUUGGAUGCUGAGGGCGCAGAGCGACGACGACGACGACUUGCCUGACACGGAUCAAGGAGAACAGUUUAGCGAUGACUCUGACUAG